GAACCAGACUAUGCGAAAUCUGAGCGUAAAAAGAUGGCCGACAUAGCAGACAUCGCGGACAAUUUGGUGCUCCGGAGGAUCCGGCCGGGCACAAAAUCUGAGGAUUUUCACAACUGGGUUGACCAGUCAUUUGAGGAGAUGGACAGCACUUUAGCAGUCCAACAGUACAUUCAACAAAACAUUCGGAAUGCAAUCAAGAACAUUGAUUUCAUCUUGGAGGCUCCAGAAGGUCAAGAUGAAGGAGUUUGGAAGUACGAGCAUCUACGACAAUUCUGUCUAGAGCUUAAUGGACUUGCAGUCAAACUUCAGACUGAGUGUAAUCCCGACACCUGUACCCAAAUGACAGCAACUGAGCAGUGGAUCUUCCUAUGUGCUGCACACAAGACUCCCAAAGAGUGCCCUGCCAUUGACUAUACGAGGCAUACAUUGGAUGGAGCAGCCUGCUUACUCAAUAGCAACAAGUAUUUCCCUAGCAGGGUCAGCAUCAAGGAGUCAUCGGUAGCCAAGCUGGGUUCUGUCUGCCGUAGGAUAUAUCGGAUAUUCUCACAUGCCUACUUUCAUCACAGAGUGCUGUUUGAUGAGUAUGAAAAUGAGACUUACCUCUGCCGACGCUUCACCACGUUUGUCACCAAGUAUAACCUGAUGUCAAAGGACAACCUCAUCGUGCCUAUCCUGGAGCAGAACAAGACCGAGUUGGAAAUAGCUGAAACUCCCUCCGAAUCAUCAGCUUAAUGAAUUAAUACUUAUGCUUCACACAAUGCAAAGCAAAUGUAGGCUAUCAAGGCCUAGGUCUCCCAGUCAUCUGCAAAGAAGCCACACCGUCCAGUGCUUGUUUUGUUUAGUUUAUUUGGGCAAAAUGGAAGGUAUGCACCUUGUUACAUGUUCAAAAAUUGCAUAGUCCUCCCCCCUGAUCUCGACUCUAUCUCUUGUUGAAAACCAGGGGCCAAUUUUAUGGCACAGCAGAGAAAGGACAUUUGCUAAGCAUACAAAUAUAUGCAUAAGACCUUUUCACACGAGCGCUGAUAACAGAGGUCCUAUGCUAUGAAAUCACAUCGAUGUUACAAUGGCAGUGAUAUCGUGUCGUGUGAAGGUCAACCUCCGUCAAAAAUAUAUAUAUAUGUAUAUAUAAUCGUCCUCUGUAGGAAGUAGACAUUGUGUAACCAACAUUUACUCAGAAAUUGUGAAACUGUAUUAGAAAGUAAGCCGUGAAUAGUGCGCAAAUAUUAAUAAAGGGGAUUCUUUAAAAAACAAUACAGGCAAUUCACAAUGCAGUGCGCCACCAAGAGGUUAUCACGGAGAGGCCUUUUUGCAGUUCUUUAUGGGCUAGUCGACAAAGUCUCAUUCACUUACUCUGCUGUGCAUGAAAAACUUUAACUAUUUCAGAAAGUUUGUUUAUUUUGGUUGAAAAUUCAAUAUUGCUCAUUGAGAAUUGGUGUUAGGUUGUUCAAAAUGAUGGUUUGUGUGGUGCAGGAAAUGCCUAUGUAUGAAGUGCGCUUAAUCGCGGCAGUGUGUUGACCGUAACCUUGAAAAGUGGCCCGUCUGCAGCAAACUCUUGAAAAGUGGCCUGUCUGCAGCAAACUCUUGGUGGCGUGCUGUAUUGUGAAUCGCCUGUGUUACUGGCAGCUUUACAAUUCCAAAGCAUUGAAAUUUCCGGUGCAAAUAUGUGUGUCAUUGCCUUGUGUGUGUUAGGCUCUUUACUCUUUUCUUUUGAGAAAAGUUUGACAAUGAUAGGUUGUUUGUUGUUUUUGUGCAUUAAUUAUGUUCCCUGGAAGAAAGUGGUUAAAACUUUCUUUACUCGUAAAUCAUAUUUCUUAAGUGUAUAGAAUGUGGUUAUUUAUUUGGAUAUUGUUUUCAGCAAUAAACAAGUGAGAGACUUGUUGAAAAGAAGA